UACGGGAUGAGCAUGGGGCCCUACUGAACAUGGCGAGCCGACCGAAGGCGGCGGGGAGAGGAUGGCGGGAGGACGAGGAGAGGAGGACGGAGUGGAAGGCGAAGCUGCAUCAAGCCAUGAUCCACCAGGCUCAAGAAGACGUGAAGAAGAAGUGGUUGGCUGAGCGAGAGGUCGAGAGAGAGCGCAAUAUUGCCAAGAAGCUCCUCCCAGCCCAGGUUACAUGGUGCGAAGACACGCUGUCCUCGUGGGACAGCACCAGCCACAAGGUCGUCAUGCGCGUACCGACUGAGCAAGAGAUACGAGGAGGGAUCAUCACGUACGACUACAUCGCUCAGAAGGACGGGAAGGCGCGGGAGGAAGGGCUGAUCUUCAGCGCCAUAAGGAGCGGAUCUCUGGAUCUGAUCAAGUUCGUGCUAGAGGAGGUUGAAGUUCCCCUCCUCCUGCGAGAGAGCGAGAACUUCAACACUCCUCUGCACUUCGCUGCCGUCUCCAAGAGGGCAGACAUCACUCAGAUCACGAAGCAGCUGCUUAUCCAUGGUUUCCUUCCUAACACAGCCAAUCGCUACUCCUGGACGCCCGCUGACUUCGCUCGCCAUGCGGAGAACAGAGAAGUGAUCAACAUCUUCGAGGACAAGACGAUUGAAGAGAACAUCAAGAACGAUCUCUUUGAUACCAUCAGGGGCAGCAUACACUCGCGCGAGGAAGCCAUGAAAGUGAUCAUGGCGGCUGUGCGAAGCAAGC